GGGGGCACAGAAUCCACACAAAAUAAUACCCUUCAAUCCACCGCCAGAAAAGUUGUUUCCCGAGCGAACAAAACGCCAUCCAGAAAACACUACUGACCGAAUAUUCCGAGGUGCGGCUUGUCAUCCCGGUCUCUCGCCCUCGCGAAACGAGAAGAAAAUCAUGGCCUACCGCUCCCGAGCAGAGGCCUACGAGCCAUAUGAUGAGAGGGUUUCCGCCUUCAGCAGCCCCUACACCCCUAGCGCCGAAUUUUUCCCGAGCCCGGCAUCACCAGAACAACCAACGCGGAAGGGUGCGUACACAUCCGUCCCUGUUCGCAACAUCAGCGAGGCAUCCACGAUGCACCCGCGGGGGCGAAUGGGGACUACCAUGGAGGAUAUACUCGAUAGGUCAAAGUCGAGGGAGCAGCAGGUGCUAUGGGGGACAAAAAUACAUUGGUUCAUACCGACUGCUAUGAUGUGCUUGUUGAUUGCGGGCAUUUUGGGUGCAAUGGGGCACCACCUUUUCUAUGCUAGCUUGCAGGGUAAACAGGCGGAGGAUCAAUUAAUGAAGGUUCGGUAUGGUACCGUUUUGGCAUACUUUACCAAGGCAUCUCUGGUGGGAUCGGUGGUUCUCGCUUAUAGGUUCUUGCCCCUCGGCCUUAGCUUUGACUCAAGUCACUAGUAUUGACUCUCCGUGGUGACUUUAUAGACAGAGGAUAUGGCAUACAAUGCGGCGAAAGGCCAUAACACUGAAGGGGAUAGAUCAUUUAUUCGCUGUUGUGGAGGACCCAACAUCUUUUGCCUCAAAGGAGAUAUACUUCAAGGCCAAACUAGCCACUGCAAUGGCAAUGGCAACAUGGUAUGACGCGGAAAAGUAUCGCAAAGCGCUGGAGCUAGUACUAACAGUGUCCCACGCAACAGGUUAAUCCCCAUCGCGUCUAUGCUUUCCCCCGCUGCUCUCACGGCGCAACUUACAGAGGUGGUGUCGCCUAAUACUACGUGCACCGUCCCAGUCCUCAACUUCACUGCGGAGAAUACUGCGAAUUGGAGGGAGCCCAAGAAGGGCCGAUUCGGACAUAGUUUGUCUUUCUUCAACACCACCCCGCCUCCACCCCGAAAUGGACCUGUCUGGUUCGAUCAGCCCAGUUUUGUGGCCAGAAAGUUACAAGUUCUGGCAACCCUUAGCGGUAAACCAAUUCAGAUUACUACCCCUUGUUCCAACCACAACUGCACCUGGAAAGCAAGCUUCCAGGCGCCAUGGUACAAUUGCACCUCAAAAAAGCAAGCCGAAGUGGCCUUGGAAAUGCCAAAGUUUAUAAACUACACCUUUGACGACCUUGCGCCUGUAGGGAACAAGAUCUACUUUGCUGGCUCCGACGCCGAGGAGUACGCUCGACCGCAACCAGGCUACAGCAACGAAACCCUGGAUAAACAGGGCACCUUCGAGAAUGAGCCGGCAAUCUGGUUUGGCUACAUCUAUCAAACAAAGCGGCUUGCAAAUGACUCCGGUGUUGUGCUCCCGCCAAAUUCUAAACCCCCAACUGCAUGGGAGCGCGAAAUACAACGACAUGUGAUGCGCUGUGAACUUCAGAAGGCAAACUACUCCAUCAACUUUUCCUUUGUGAACAACGUGCAGUCCUCCAAUGUCUCCGUCUCUGGCGGGAAACCAGUCUUCACGCCGCCCACGGGAUCAACUUCCUUCGGGCCGCUCGACCCGGGAUAUAAAGAAUUCCUAGCAUAUCACUCCCUCGGCCUUCUAGUCCGCCAGGUGGUGCAUGGGUACGUUAACAAGACGAAUUCAACAGAGCCACCCGUAACUUCUACCACCCUCUCACAGACCCGGCUCCUAAGCCAAGAAACUUCUUUCACAGUGCCAAACUUCAAGGCUGAAUUCCAAAAAUUUUUCGAAGAAAUUGUCGUAACCCUCCUCUCAGAACCCUACUUGGAAAUAGGCGCCACCGAAGUUGUACCGUGCAGAAUGACCCGCUUCGAGAACAUCUUCUUCUACGAAAUGCAAGGCCUCUGGAUCGGGUACGCCAUUUCCGCCGCUAUAGCACUCCUGUCCAUCAUAACGGGCGGUGUCUCAAUAUACUGGAACGGGAUCACUAGCGAUACUCUGUUCUCUAAAAUUCUCGUCACCACCCGGAACCGCACACUAGACAAACUAGUGAAGCAGUACGAAGGUGUGUGUCUGGGUGGGGACCCAUUCCCACGGGAGCUCGAGCAGAUGCAGCUACGCUUCGGCGUGAUCGACGAACGGGAAACCGAUGAUGACCGUACCAAGCACGCCGCCUUCGGCACCGUUGAGGAGACGAUCCCCAUUUUACGCGGAGACUCGUACAAGCGCCUCGCCGCCCAGGGGAGCCAUUACCAGAGCAGUCGCUCGUGGACCAGUGGGAGUCCUAGGGCUGAGAGGUUUAGCGAGAGUUUUCAGAUGGAUACGCGAUACGCGGGGCCUAUAUAAACGGUUUCUCACUUUUACAUCGUUAUUCUCUUAUUACCUUAUCUCUUAUCUCUUGUCUCUUAUCUCCUAUAUUUUUCUUCUUUAUUCUGCGUUUGUUCGAUGCAUUAGAGCGAAGGUAAUUCCAUUUUGGGGGGUGUUUGGGACAAAUCAAAAUGGGGAGUUUUGUUAACGUUUUAUUUUCACCUUCAUUAUAUUAUGGGGAUCAACCGCGCUGCAGAGAUCGCGAAAUAACCCCCCCCCUCUGUUCAUUGGCGUUUGGGUUGUGACGCUUGGAGGAGUAAGUGAAGAAUGUAGAGCAAUGAUCUCCAUGUAUACCCACAAAAACACAUUACUUCAAUUUUGACAAUGAAACUGAUUGGACUCGCUCCAAUCUUGACAUCUACUUGCCAUCGCACAUCGCGAAGUGAGGGCUCCUGCUA